GAUCAAUUUUGCGUUGCGGGUGAACGAACCCAAAUUCACCGUAGUCCCACAUGCGCAAUUUUGUUGCUAGGCCGAUUUCAUGGUGUUUAUCAUCGCUCAACAAGGAGGUAGAAUACUCGCAAUUUGUUUAUGAAUUUAUCCCAGUUUUACCAUACAUUAAAUGAAUUAUGACGGACUCGCCAGAGGAGAUCAUUUUGACGACAAAAGACCGAUUUGAAGAAUUAUGUAUGAGUUUAAAUUUGGACGACGCCACGAAGAAAACGGCUUGGGAAUCAUACGAGAGGAUAUGCGAAAAUUACACGCUAGAGGGAGAUAAAAUCCAAUGGCUUUCCUGUGCCUUGUAUGUGGCAUGCAGACGUAGUGUAGUACCGACUGUAAGCAAUGGAACAGUAGAGGGCAAUGGCGUGUCUCUAACUCAACUGCUUCGCUCUGCCAAACUGAGUGUUAUCCAGUUCUUCAACAAGAUGAAAAAGUGGUCAGACAUGGCCAACCUUCCGCAGCAGUUUAGAGACAAGGUGGACCGUCUGGAGAGAAACUUUGCCGUCUCAACGGUCAUCUUCAAGAAAUACCAGCCAAUCUUUUACCAUCUCUUCAAGGAAGGAGACAACACACCCAGGCCACCUAGAAGUAGAAAACAUAGGCGACUGCCUUGUACAAGCCAAGAUGUGUUUUCGUUCUGUUGGACCAUCUUUGUAUUAGUGAAAGGUAACUUCCCAGCGAUAAGUGACGAUCUUGUGAAUUCCUACCACCUCCUUCUGUGUAGCUUGGAUCUCAUGUUCGCCAAUGCUGUGCUGGCAAACAGGCGUGACCUUUUGAACCCUGAUUUCCAAGGUCUCCCAGAGGGCUAUGCUAGUCGUGAUUACAGGGUGCCGUCUGAAGCCCCAUGCAUCAUAGACAAACUCUGUGAGGUCUACGGUGGACUGGUACUGGAGGCCAAGUCUAUCAACGAACACUGGUGGAAACUUCACAUACAGAAACUCAUAGAUGAAGAGGAUUUGGAAGGGAAUCUGGAAAAGCUUUCCAAUCUGCUGGAUACCAAUAACUUUGAGUCAAACAACAAAAACAUCUGCAAGAAAUAUGAGGAGUACGUUUUAACGAUUGGUGACUUUGACGAGAGGAUCUUCCUGGAUAAGGACGCCGAUGAGGAGAUUGGGACACCAUCAAAAUCAGCUGCACUCAGGGAGACAGAGGAAGCCAUGAGAAAACCAACAAGCCGAAAGACCAAAGACCUUUGUCCAGCAACACCACUGACCAACAGACGCUACCUCAAGGAGAAAGAUCUAAAGAUCACACCAGUGUCCACUGCCACACAAGCGGUCAGCAAGCUGCAGGCCCUGCUAACCGGUCGUAAGCUAGAGGCCAGCGAGCUCCUGGAUGGUAUCUUCAAGGAAUGUUCAGAGAAUCCUGCGGAAGGAAUCGCCAGUCGAGUCAAGGAGAUGGGAGAGAUCUUUUGCCAAAAGUACACCCAGGCGCAUGAUGAAGGAAACUCUGGAUCACCUCAAGAUUUUGCUAAGCGAAGGUUAAAACUAGCUGAAAGUCUUUAUUACAAGGCUCUUGAGAACAUCAUGUUGGCGGAAAAGAAGAGAUUAAAGAAUCUUACACAUCUCCUUGAGCAUGACCUGUUUCACAGAUCUCUCUUUGCUUGCUGCGUGGAGGUCGUUAUCUUUGCAUACAACUCACAGAGGACAUUUCCAUGGAUACUAGAAGCAUUUGAGAUCCCUGCAUUCCACUUUUACAAGGUCAUUGAGCUCAUCCUCAGAGCAGAAGAAGGACUUUCAAGAGACAUCGUCAAGCAUCUCAACUUUAUUGAGGAGUCAAUUCUCCAAGACUAUGCAUGGCGAAAUGAUUCACCCCUGUGGGACCUCCUGAAGGAUAGCAACCAGGGUGUGCCUACCUGCGAGGAUGCCACCAUACCCGGUCAGACAGAUGGAGGGGUAUCAGGAGGAGGUGUGAAGGGGGCAUCCACCGGUCAAACUACCUCGUCCUCAGCGUCAACGAACUCUGGUGGUCAGAGUCAAACACUCCUCUCACCCAUCGUCCAUAAGAGGGUUGUCCAACUGGGUGGAAGAACGGAAUCUAUUCUCCAGUCGCCCACCUCUGCUCACGAUAGAUUCAGCUCUCCGUCUCCAGGCAGUGCCAGGCGUCGUCUAUUCACUGCUGACGCUCCACCGACGACGUCAUCAUCAAUGUCCUCUACGCCAACUGAAUCAACAAAUAAAGCCACACCCUCUCCAGCAGUGAUCAGCCAAUCAUCGGCAUCAAGAGCCAUGAAGUUCACUGAGAUACAGUCUUCAGCAACCAGCCAAUCAACAUCGUCUACCUCAACGUCAUCCUCGAGCAACGCCAACACUGUCCUCUCACCAAAGAAACAAUUUGUUGUUGUCCAUGGCAUUCAAGGAAAGGAUGGUACUGGUAACCACAGACUCAUUGUCAGUCCUGUCAAGGUCAUCUACACUUCCCCAGCAAAGGCCAGGACUGCAGAAGGAGAACCUGGAUCCAGCACGACCAUUGCAGUACCGGCCCCGAAGCCCAAGAGGACCGGGUCUGUAGGGAUCUUCUUCAGGAAGGUGUAUCAUUUGAUGAACGUGAGGCUCCUUGACCUUUGUCAUCGUCUAAAGCUCCAUGAUGACCUGAGACGUAAGAUCUGGACGUGUCUGGAGCAUGCCAUCGUUCAUAAGACAGACAUGAUGAAAGACAGACAUCUUGAUCAGAUCAUCAUGUGUACUAUGUAUGUCAUCUGCAGGGUGACACAGAACCAAUGUUCAUUCCAGGAGAUCAUGCGUAGCUAUCGCUUCCAGCCGCAAGCAUCAAGCCACGUUUACCGCAGCGUUCUCAUUCACUCAAAUCGUAAGAAAGACUCAAAUGGCAACAGCUCCAACAGCAGUAGUAGAGGCUCGCCAGAACACAAGACAGUUGAGACACCAAUCUUGAUGCGAUCAGCUAGUACCUUGCCCAUCCCUCAACCAAGCAGUGCUCCUCCCACUCCUACCAGGUUAGCUGGUACAGCCUCCACGUUUGAGGAUGAAAACAGGGGUGACCUCAUCAAAUUCUACAACUCGGUAUUUCUUCAGAGGAUACAGGCCUUCGCUGUUAGAUUUGAAACGUCACCCAACGGGAUGACUGACAGACUGGAGGCCCCGCCCCUAUCGCCCCUCCCAGUACCCCGCCCUCACAUGCUGUCACCGAGGAAGGUCUCCAACAGGCACCAGUUGUACGUUUCACCGCACAAACAGCGUAUGACAAGCCCUAGGAGUGCGAUGACCUAUGUCAUACAGAAGAGUCCCGCUAAGGUCCUUCAAAAAAUGAACACCAUGGUAGUAAAGGCCACAGAACGCACCAAACGGCAACUCCUCAGCGAAUCACACGAGUCACCAUCCAAACGGCAUUGCGGUGCCGGGGACUUCCUGCAGACACGCUUAGCAACGGUCAAGUCAGAAAGGGAAUCUGCCAGUUCAUAGACACAAACACCCAAAAAGGGGGUGGGGCAUGUCUGUAUUUCUGCACUGAAUGAUCAUAGGCCCAAAGUCACAUAUGGGAUAAUGAUUCUGUGAUUUUAUGCAGUGUAUUCAGUACACUGUAUUAUAUCAUGUGCAUUGAGAUUUGUCCAAGAAUGUAUUUUGUGCUGUAUGAUAAAAGCGCACAUUCUUUGUUUGACCUCUCCCUCAGUAUAAACACUGAAAUGAGUGCAUUUGAUACAUAAAUUCUGUAUAAACUGUAGUUUCAAAACUUCCUUUGUGAAUUCUUGCUAUACAGUUUUGUAGAAAUAAUGUCUUGCAUAUUCCUAAGUACAGAACUUGUAUGUUUUACAUAACCUUGCUAUAUAAGAACAUGAUGAAAUAGUGAGAUUGAAAUAGGCAUUGCAAUCAAAUUGUUAUCACAUACUUGUCUUUUCUGCCAGACCAUCUGGCUUUGUGCUUUAAGAUUUUUAAUAUAUUUGGAGGGAAAAUGAAGAAUCCUGUGAUUUCAAAAAAAAUCUAAACCUCAGUAAAAACAAAAAAGCUAUAUAAAACAUAAAAACAUCAAAAAUGUAAGCUUUUCAAAUUGAACAAUGUCAUGAGACAUGAAUUUCAAAGCAAAGCAUGAAGAAUGAAAACAAAUGACAUGGCAAGCUACUUUUAAUAGAUACAUGUACCUCCCGAGUUAAAGGUAUUUUUCAAAACCUGAUUUGUUUGAUAGAGUUCAAAUUUUAAAUGGAGUUAUGCUCUCCUUUCAUUAAAUCCUGGUCUUAAGACUGGAGCUAUCCAUGACCAUACGCAAAGGACCCCCCAAAUUUUGAAAACUUCAAUCCUUCAUUUUCACUGAGGAAAAUGCAAAAUCGUCCAAUAAAAAGCAUGGUUGCUUCCAUCCCUCACUUUCUGCAUACAGCCAUGGAGCUAUCUUAACAGUUUGAUUUGAUAGCCAUUCAGCUUUCCUCAAAAGUGGAUUUAAUUUGUUUUGGAAGCAAGUUUUUCAUAUACAAACAGAUGUUCUGUUUUGCAUACCAAAAAUUAGAUUGGUAUAUCAACAAUAAACUUCAAAUGGCAAGAUGUAUAUAUAUUUUUCUAAUGUUCAUGGAGGAAUCAUGUGAAACAAAAUUCUGCAGUUUUUAUGUCAGUAUUACAAUUUAGGGCAUUGUUGAGUAUGACACAGCUUUUUCUUAAAGCAAUUCACUUUCUACUUUCGAUUUUCAACUGUCUGAAAAAUAUCUUUUUAGUGACUGAUUUUAACAAUGGUUUGACCCCUCUUUUUGACAGAAUUUGUAAUUUUAUCGUUUUAAGCAGAAGAAAGCAUUUUAAUUUGCCUCCACCAAAAGGGGCUUAGUGUACAAGAUGUUACAUUUUUAAAAUGUUUUUUAAACAUAUUUUAUGUAUUUUGAUACUCAUUUUGAUGGAAGAAAUGGGACAUAAUUGUGUGGUCAAUGGUAAUUGUUUGGGACUUUUUUUUAGAGAAGGCAGCCUUUUAUCUGCGUCAUUGGCUGUAUUGACCUAAGUCUGGAGACAUGAUUAGAAACACCAAUGCCCAGUCGUCCAUAUAGCUUCAUUGUUUUUGUUUUAGCAUAGAUUUUAGAACCCCUUCCCUUGAUCUGUGUGACUUUAUACUUAUAUCAGUUGUUGGCCAUUAAUAUUCGUAGCCAAUGCUUAUGUAAGUUGAAUCACUUUUUACAAGUUUAGACAUUUGGGAGUUUUAGAUGUCACAACCUAGCCCAAGACACGGAAUCUUCUCUUAAUGCUGCGUAUCCUUAUUCAUGCCUAGUAAAGCUUUUUUCUCUGAAUCCGAAGAUUCCUCGUCUUUGGCUAGGAAUCUGAAGCUCCUUAUUGA